AGACAAAGCGUGGAGGACACAAGGAUGGGCGGAAGGGAGGCCUUUCUGGAAGCUCGUUUUUCACGUGGUUCAUGGUCAUCGCACUGCUGGGCGUCUGGACGUCGGUCGCUGUCGUCUGGUUUGAUCUUGUCGACUACGAGGAAGUUCUAGCCAAAGCAAAGGACUUCCGUUAUAACUUAUCAGAGGUACUGCAAGGAAAACUAGGAAUAUAUGAUGCUGACGGGGAUGGAGAUUUUGAUGUAGACGAUGCCAAAGUUUUAUUAGGACUUAAAGAAAAAUCUGCUUCAGAGCCAACAGUCCCACCGGAAGAGGCUGAGCCACUUGUUGAGCCGGAGGAGCAGGCUCCCUUGGGGACAGAACCUCAGAAUAUCGAAGAUGAAGUGAAAGAACAAAUACAGUCCCUUCUUCAUGAAACGGUACACAUAGAACAUGGAGAGGACCUGCAACCCGAAGAGGAUGGCCUCCCAGGAGAACCACAGCCGGAAGAUGAUUUCCUUACAGCAGGUGACAUGGAUGAGCAAUUUGAGACCCUGGAACCUGGAACAGUUCCUGAAGAAACGGAGGAUAGUUACCAUGUGGAAGAGACAGUUUCACAAGACUAUACCCAGGAUAUGGAAGAGCUGGUGUAUGAACAGGAAGGUCCAGAUUCCAGUGAACCAGUUGUAGAUGAUGAGAAAUUACAACAUGAUACAGAUGACAUAACAUACCAAGACUAUGAUGAACAAGUAUAUGAACCUUCAGAAAAUGAAGGAAUAGAAAUUUCAGAUGCUAUAGCAGACUCAAACAUGAUUUCAGAAGAAGUAAGUGUGCCCACUGCAGAAGACCAACAGGACGGACAGGAAGUAUCACCAGAAACCAAUAGAAAACCAGAUGAACCUGAACAGAAAGAAAAAGUUAAAAAAAAGAAGCCUAAACUUUUAAAUAAAUUUGAUAAGACUAUUAAAGCUGAACUUGAUGCUGCUGAAAAGCUCCGUAAAAGGGGAAAGAUCGAGGAAGCAGUGACAGCAUUUGAAGAACUAAUACGCAAAUACCCUCAGAGUCCACGAGCGAGAUAUGGGAAGGCACAGUGUGAAGAUGAUUUGGCCGAGAAGAGGAGGAGCAAUGAGUUGCUACGCAGGGCCAUCGAGACCUACCAGGAGGUGGCCAGCCUGCCUGAUGUCCCUGCAGACCUGGUAAAGCUGAGUUUGAAGCGGCGAUCAGAAAGACAGCAGUUUCUAGGUCACAUGAGAGGUUCCCUGCUUACCCUACAGAAAUUAGUGCAACUAUUUCCCAGUGACACUUCCUUAAAGAAUGACCUUGGAGUGGGCUACCUCUUGAUAGGAGAUAAUGACAACGCCAAGAAGGUUUAUGAAGAGGUUCUGAAUGUGACUCCCAAUGAUGGCUUUGCUAAGGUGCAUUACGGCUUCAUCCUGAAGGCGCAAAACAGGAUCGCUGAGAGCAUUCCCUAUUUAAAGGAGGGAAUAGAAUCCGGGGAACCUGGCACUGAUGAUGGGAGAUUUUAUUUUCACCUGGGGGACGCCAUGCAGAGGGUUGGAAACAAAGAGGCCUAUACAUGGUACGAACUUGGGCACAAGCGAGGACACUUCGCGUCGGUUUGGCAGCGCUCACUGUACAAUGUGAAUGGACUGAAGGCCCAGCCAUGGUGGACUGCAAGAGAAACAGGCUACACAGAGUUGGUCAAGACCCUAGAAAGAAACUGGAAGUUAAUCCGCGAUGAAGGCCUUGCCGUGAUGGAUAAAGCCAAAGGUCUCUUCCUGCCUGAAGAUGAGAACCUGAGGGAGAAGGGCGACUGGAGCCAGUUCACGCUGUGGCAGCAAGGAAGAAGAAAUGAAAAUGCCUGUAAAGGAGCUCCAAAAACCUGUAAUUUACUAGAAAAGUUUUCCGAGACCACAGGAUGCAGAAGAGGACAGAUCAAAUACUCCGUCAUGCACCCUGGAACUCAUGUGUGGCCACACACCGGGCCCACGAACUGCAGGCUCCGAAUGCACCUGGGCUUGGUGAUUCCCAAGGAAGGCUGUAAGAUCCGAUGCGCCAACGAGACCAAGACAUGGGAAGAAGGCAAGGUGCUCAUCUUUGAUGACUCCUUUGAGCACGAAGUUUGGCAGGACGCCUCAUCUCUCCGGCUGAUAUUCAUCGUGGACGUGUGGCACCCAGAGCUGACUCCCCAGCAGAGACGCAGCCUUCCCGCAAUUUAGCCUGUCUGACAGCUGUGGGACCCUCUGGAGAGAGGCUGCCUUUCUGAAUCUGUCUCCUUGGCUGUGAGGAUAGAAGUUCCAACACCAAGGCUCUGGAUUCCCUUGACUUGCAGCCUGAAAAAUUCUAAGCCUUCUCCCAGGGUGAGAAGACACUAAAGGGAACAUGUGCCUGUCUGUGAUCCAUGUAGAAAACACUCUGCAGUGUUCCUUCCUGCAACAGCACUGAUCUGACGCCCUUAUUUAAGGUGAACUUCCAUAGCGUCUCUCUUGCUAGCCAAAGAUAUUUUUUCCAUACAGGAGAGGUCUAAAUCAGUGUACAGUGAGAAUAUACCGAGAAACUGUGAACGGAUUGCUUUAGCUUGAAAUUUUUCUAUGCAUUUGUAUUUUUCUAGGGUAGCUAAGACUCUUCUGUCAUCACAUACCACUACUCUUUGUUGACUUUAAUGACAAGCUGUGUAAAUGCGCUACUUCCUGCUGUAUAAUGGUCAUUUUCCCGGUAAACUCAGACUUCCCUCCUUUAAUUCUUUUUAGUAGAAUACAGUCAUGAAAAGAGCAGUUUUAUUUUCCUAAUGUAAAAGAGAAAGACAUAAUUAUGCCUGUGUCUAUGAACUGUGCUGAUUUCUGCCGAUGUGUCAGUUUGCUUUUUUUCUUCAUUGAGAGCCAGUGUCUUAAUGUCUCUUCUCACUAUGCAGUUGGUAAAGAUAUUACCAGAAUCUUC